GUUGGCGCCCAAACCAGGAAGCGUUUGUAAAAGAAGUGGUGUGUUGGCAUUCUGCAGAUUUUUUGGAUCAAAGUACCACAAAAAGUCAAUUCCGCUGUCCUACGUGUCCUGUUAGCAGCCGCCGGGCAUUUCGUAAUGCGGAAGCGGCUCCAGUAAACGUCGAGUUUUACCGAAAAACAGGAGCAGCGCUGAGGAAGCAGAAUGGGGAAGAAGGAUGCCAGCGCCACCAAAUUACCAGUCGAUCAGUACAGAAAACAGAUUGGUAAGCAGGACUACAAAAAGACGAAGGGUGCGCUGAAGGCAACUCGGCUGAAGGCUGAAGCGAAGAAGAGUUCUUCAGGAUUCAGGGAUGCCUUCCUGCUGGUGGCGGCCAUCCUGAUCUUUGUGCUCUGCGUUUACGCCUUCUUCUACCUCAACCUGAGCACUGAGCUCGAUCUGGACGCGGACUGACGCGCCCCACGACACGCCCAAGCUGUCUUCCUUCUUCACGUCGCACACGAGGGGCAGGUUGGUGGAAGUGUCCUCGCAUGGCGACGGUGGCGUUUUGAUCGUGGACACGGCCUGGAAGUGAUCCGCUCAACUCAAUCUACAAGUCUCUGGGAAAUGGGCCCAAUGCAUCAGAUGGUGGAAGUUUUAAAGGACAUAUUAAAUAACUGAAUGAUAUAUUUUCCUUCAUGAACUUUCAAGUUGUAGUAAAAUUGCUGUUAUCACCAUGUUUUGAUUUUUCUGUGUGUAAACUCGCGUGUAUGUUUCGCUUUAUGUUGAUUGUUUAGCAUCUAUCUGCAGAAACUGCUUUCAAGAGAGAAAAUGAACCUUCUCCCCCCUCCUUUAAACAAUAAAUCCAAACUGCAGUGGAGACUAAGCUCCGUUAAUCAUAUUCUGCAGAGUCACGUCCCACUGUUUUUCCCCCACUAAUAGAAAAAUGUAAAUCUCCCGCCGAGGCCGCCGUCGCAUCGAGACAAACGCCUGCCUCACAUUCCGGUGCACAAACCUCUCCUCCCAGAUAUCUGGGGAUCACAAAGUGUGAGAUUAGAAUCCGCAAAGCCCCCCGGUCCUGAUUGAACAUGUGUGCGGAAUACAGAACAACACAUUGCCUCUGCUGCAUGUCCAUGCGGCGGCGGCGGUGGCGGCGGCGGCGGUGGCGGCGGCGGCGGCGAGACGGGCGUCCUCAGGAUCAGCCGCAUGAGAACGACACGCUUGUUUCUUUCAAUGGAAAUUAUGGAGAUGGCAGGGAGGCUGGAGAGAGAUAAGCCCACGUCUUCCUCAAAAGGAACACCUUGAUGUUAUUCCAUUUAGUGUGCAUUACUGUCCUCUUCACCGCGCGGUGCGUUUCUAUAGAGAUUUUUUUUUUUUUUUCCUCGCAUGGCUCUUUGUGCACGAGGCCCGCGAGGUGCAACGACUGACCUUCUAUCAGCCAUUCCAGUCCAAGUGCUUCCACUGUGUGAGGGGUUAUUUAUUAGCAAAAGAGUAGAGAGUCAAGGGCUUUUAUUGUCAUGCAUAUGCAGUUUUCUUUUUGAAUUUUGUUCAAAAUAGUGAUCCCCCCCCCCCCCCACUCUCCAGCCCGUCACCGCAUUUCAAAGCGGUAUUCUCAUCUUUUUA